ACUGGAGGAUUCUGGACACCAUAAUUUAGGGCCCUGAGGCUCUCAUUUCCCAUUCAGUUGACCGUCGCCGUGCGAGACGUCCACACACGCUCUCACACAUCCGGAACCUCUGUAGUUUAUACCUUCUCACGCAGGAUUUGUUCAGACAUUUCAAGAUGUGGGAACCACAAAGUUGCUGUUGCUUCAGGUUACGGACUGGAAGUAUUAUUAUUGGAUUUCUGUCCUUGAUCAGUGCCAUCCUGAAUAUCAUCAACUUCAUACGCAUCGCGAUUAAUGGGACGGCGCACCAACUGGCUCACCAACUCUGCUCUGGCCAAACUCAUAGUGCAGAAGUAUUCACCGAGUGUGCACACCUGAUGCUGAAUUUGAUCUUUGGACUUGUGGGCGUUGAUGUAGUGACGAGCUUCAUUCAACUGAUAUUGAGCAUUAUUCUCAUCUGUGGCAUUUUCAAGAACAAGUCACGUCUGCUGAUUCCUUACAUGAUAAUGUGCUUGAUCAAUAUCAUCAUCCUGAUACUCGUAGCCUUGGCUCUCAUUGUACUCGCCGGUCUUCAUCUACCAGGGUGGUAUGUGGUUAUCAUCAUCAUAGUGUUUGGUGCCUGGAUCUUCUGGGCCACAUUCUUGCUUCUGGUCAUCCGUACACACUACUUAGAAAUGAAACGUGAAAAUCCUGGCCAUAUGGUGUUGAAGUAGCAGUCUAAUUAUCGGUUCUAUAAGAAGAAACUUCAGCCAGUUUCAGAAUUUCUAGGAAUUGAUCUGUCUGUUGUUGUUAACAUAGUUAUACUUGCAUGGACAUAUACAUCUAUUCUACAAGUCACUGUUGGUGAAUACGAAGAGAACACAAAAAAUAUAUUAGUAAACUGUUGCCAGGUCAGGUGUUGAUUCUGGUGUAAAUAAAGAAUUGGAAAAUCUUUAAUAAGAAUAUAACCAUGUCUGUUUUAGCUGGUAGUGUGUUUGUCAAAUACCUCAGGGUGAUAAUACAUGUUAUCUUGAAUUAUAAAUAAGGGGGCCGACGGCCCUAUCAUCUUUUACUCUUGAAAAUAUUUUUAAAUUUCUCUUUCUGUGAUAUUUAGUCCUUUGUGGUUGGGGCAUUGUGCUGUUCCUGCCAUACAGUGAUCAUACUGUAAGGAGGCUGCGCAAGACCUAUUGAUCCAUGCUAAAUAAUUUAUAUAAUUAUUCAUUGUGUCGGGGGACAGGACGCCAGAGUGUAUUCAUACACGUUAGGAUGACGUGAUCGGGGUCCUCCACCCUCAAAGGUCGAAUUACUGACCCCGCCCAGGAUGCAACCCUACAACAAGCUGACUAACUUCUGGGUACCUUCUUAGUGCUAGGUGAACGGGUGCCUUAGGAAAUGCGCCCAACCAUUUCCGCUGCCCGGGAUUCGAAUCUGGAAUUCUCGAUUGUAAGUUGAGAACGAACCCGGGACCCAUUUGAUCUACCAACAGAUCUUUUACAAAUAUCUCCAGUUCGCUGGUGAUAUUGUAGGCUUGCCGCCGCCUCCCAUUGGAUGGGGGGGGGUAAGGUAUGUAUUAUAAGUUUGUACAACUUGAAACUGGAGACUGUAGAUGUGGUCGUUCUCGAACCAAUUGUUAAUGUAAUAACUCAUCAAAGGGUGUAACUAGGUUAUUAAGACUGUAACUUGCUAACCCUUCGUUCCCAAACUCUUUACUGUCACUACUACUUUUUGAUAGCGCCCCUUAUUAAUGGCCGCAUACAAUCAAUAUUUAAAAGAUAUUUAUCAGCAUAAAUGUUAUUGUACUUAU